CUGGCGGGAGGCGUGGCCAGGGGAGAGUAAAAACUCGCCUUCAGCAAGAAAAGUUUUGAAACUUUCCCAAACCCUUUAAGGGGAGUUUGGCGUUGCGGGGCUCUGCCGCACACACACUUACACCCACCCUCCGGACUCAGCCGCGACCCGAGAGUUUAUUUUGAUGCUGAGUUUGCAAGAGGCUCGCAAGAUCUCUCCUUGUUGAUAGAAGAAACCUGCCUUGCUUCUUCUUUAUUUUUUUUUUUUCAAGACUUUUGUUUUUCCCCACCUCCCCUUCCCCGCCCUCCCUGCUCCCAGCCUCUGGGACCCCCCCCCCCCAAAAAAAUUUAUAUAGCCACCCCGAGAGCCAGCUCGCCCCGCACAAUCCUCCCGGCGCCCCUGGAAGGAUGCUGCUGCUGCUUGACGGCUGCUGAACGGAGAGAGCCUGGUCGCCAGCCUCCGCAGAGGGUAGGUCCCUCCACCCCUUUCCUCCUCCUGGCUGCGAUCUCGGGGGAGGGGGGCUCCGUCCAGGAUGCAGGCUCGCUACUCCGUCUCCGACCCCAACGCGCUGGGAGUGGUGCCCUACUUGAGCGAGCCCAACUACUACCGGAGCGCGGGGACUUACAGCAGCAUGGCCAGCCCCAUGGGCGUCUACUCGGGCCACGCCGAGCCCUACGCCGCGGGCAUGGGGCGCUCCUACGGGCCCUACCACCACCACCAGCCCGCGGCCCCCAAGGACCUGGUAAAGCCGCCCUACAGCUACAUCGCGCUCAUCACCAUGGCCAUCCAAAACGCGCCGGACAAGAAGAUCACCCUCAAUGGGAUUUACCAGUUCAUCAUGGAGCGCUUCCCUUUCUACCGGGAGAACAAGCAGGGCUGGCAGAACUCCAUCCGGCACAACUUGUCGCUCAACGAGUGCUUCGUGAAGGUGCCCCGCGACGACAAGAAGCCCGGCAAGGGCAGCUACUGGACGCUGGACCCGGACUCCUACAACAUGUUCGAGAACGGGUCUUUUUUGCGCCGCCGCAGGCGCUUCAAGAAGAAAGACGUGGCUAAGGAGAAGGAGGAGGUGCGGGAGAGGCUGCUGAAGGAGCAGCCCAAGGAGCUGCCCAAGGAGCCGUCCUCGUCCUCCUCCUCCUCCUCCUCGUCCUCCUCCGAGAAGAAGGUGGUCAUCAAGAGCGAGGCGUCCUCGCCCGACCUGCCGGUCAUCACCAAGGUGGAGACGCUGAGCCCGCAGAGGGACAGUCCCCGCAGCGUGGCCUCCACGCCCUCCGCCUCCACCGACGGCUCCGGCCCCGAGCCCCACGCCGCCAGCAACGGGCUGUCGUCGGGCUUCAGCGUGGAGAACAUCAUGACCCUGCGGACUUCGCCCCCCGGCGAGCUGAGCCCCCGGCCGGGCCCCGCCGGGCCCCUGGGCUACCCGCAGCCGCAGCCGCCGCUGUACAGCCAGCCCUGCAGCCAGGGCAUGGACACGGGCGGCGGCUACCACUGCAGCAUGCGGGCCAUGAGCCUCUACACCGGGGAGCGCGCCGGGCACCUGGCCUCGCUGGAGGACGGCCUCUCGGAGCACCCCGACGGCACCUCGCCGCCCCUGGGCACCAUGAGCCUGGCGUCGGGGCAGGACGGCGCGCUGCCCGCGGGCCACCACCCCGCGGGCGCGGGCAGCGGGCAGACGGCCGCCCCGUGGUACCUGAACCACGGCGCGGAGCUGCCGCACCUGCCCGGCCACGCCUUCGGCGCCCAGCAGCAGACUUUCCCCAACGUGCGGGACAUGUUCAACUCCCACCGGCUCGGCCUGGAGAGCUCCGGCCUCGGCGAGCACCAGGUGAGCGGCAACACGAGCUGUCAGAUCCCCUAUAGAUCGGCGCCCUCCAUAUACCGCCACUCCACCCCCUAUUCCUAUGACUGCACUAAGUACUGAGCAGCCUCGAGCUGCCAAGGCCCCCCGUCCUGAGACCGCCUAAGGGAAGAUGUCAGCGCACCUGGGAGCCCCCCGAGAGAGCUCUAGACCUGCCCCCCUUCCUCCAUCCUUCCUUUCCAAGCCAGACAAGUCACUUCUACUUGAAAAAGGAAAAAAAAAAGGUUUUAAAAAAAGGAAAGAAAAAGACAGACAGACACAAAGAGAGAGAGAGAGAGAGAGAGAGAGAAAGAAGGGAUUUCUUUUAAAGUAUAUAUAUAUGAUUAUCUAAGCCAAGUGGCAGAUUUAUAUGCUAGAGUAUAGGGGUGGGGGGGAGGGGGCUGAGACAAAAAUAAGUUAUGGACCAAUACACAGCGAUCAUUUAUACGAUUUUAAAAAGAAAAAAAAAGUAUAUAUAUAUAUAUAUAUGUAUAUAUAUAUAGAAAUAUAUGUCCUGGGUAUUUUUUAAGUGCUCUUUAUUGUGCUGUAAAAAAAAAAAAAUGUGUGUGGAUUUCUAAUCAGGCUGAUGUUCAGAGCCAUUAAUAUAAUAUUUAAAGUUGAGUUCACUGGAUUUUUUUUUUAACGUCGCCCGUCCCUUCCUAACUGACCAUCAAUGACAAGCCAUUUCUUCUUCUUUUUUUCUUCUUUUGGACAAUGACGCCAUAGAGUUUCUUUUCCAUGCAGAGCAAUUUUUUUUAACCGAACGAGGCGAUAAUUUAUUCGUACUUUUUUGUCGUUGGUGGCGGUGGAUUUGGGGGCAGCGGGGAAGACGAAGUAUCUGAUACUUUCCCCCCCCUCCCCUAUUAUUUACGACGUGUGAUGUUUUGUAAAAUAGAUUCCGCCCCGACCAUUCCUAAGGACUAUUUGUUUUUAUUCGACUUCACGUUUGUUUGUCUUAUGUGGUCUUCAUUGUACUUACCUUAAAAUAAAUCCAUGUUGUUUUUUCUGCUCCAAA